AUGGCCCAAUCUUCCACUGCAGUCCCCACGUCCGUCACGGACUCGGUCCUCCUCACCUCUGAGCCCAUGCCAGAGGGAACCGCAGAAGUUCAUGGAGUGGACUUUGAUAAAUUCCAGGGUCGUGAUAUUACUGUGGCUGAGCUUGUGGACAACAUGACCCGUAUGGGAUUCCAAGGCAGUGCAGUCGCCGAGGCCGCCAGCAUCAUUAAUGAAAUGCGUGCUUUUCGUCACCCCGAAACCGGUGAAAAGGCCACCAUCUUCCUUGGAUAUACCUCAAACUUGAUCUCCUCCGGCCUGCGAGACACAUUGCGUUAUCUUGUCAAGCAUAAACAUGUAUCGGCUAUUGUGACCACGGCAGGCGGAGUAGAAGAAGAUUUAAUCAAAUGUCUGGCCCCGACAUAUCUCGGCUCGUUUGCGACCCCAGGAGCCGGACUUCGUGCCAAAGGCCUCAACCGCAUUGGCAACCUUGUCGUGCCCAAUAACAACUACUGCGCCUUUGAAGACUGGCUGGUUCCUAUUCUUAACCAGAUGUUAGAGGAGCAAGAGGCUGCGAAGCUCAAGGCUCAACAAAGCGGCGAUGUGGAGGAUGAGCUACAUUGGACUCCAAGCAAAAUUACUGAGCGGCUAGGCCGAGAAAUCAACAACGAAGACUCCGUGCUCUACUGGGCCGCCCGCAAUAACAUUCCCAUUUUCUGCCCUGCUUUGACCGACGGGUCACUAGGCGACAUGCUAUACUUCCACACCUUCAAGUCAUCACCGCAACAGCUGCGUGUGGAUAUUGUCGAGGAUGUACGCCGCAUCAACACCAUGGCAGUCCGUGCGGCCUCUGCGGGUAUGAUCAUCCUUGGCGGUGGUAUUGUCAAGCACCACAUUGCCAACGCGUGCCUUAUGCGCAAUGGGGCCGAACACGCUGUCUAUGUUAAUACGGCACAGGAGUUCGACGGUAGUGAUGCCGGUGCACGGCCCGAUGAGGCUGUCAGCUGGGGUAAGAUCAAGGUCGGCGCUAGAGCGGUUAAAGUGUAUGCGGAGGCAACUGUGGCAUUCCCACUUAUUGUUGCGGCCUCAUUUGCGCGGGCAGAGCCAUCGGUGAAGAACUAA